UCGGUUCGUGUCAGGAAGUGACCGACGGAAGACAGAGCUGGCACACCGGAAGGUGUCACCGGAGCGCUUCCGAGGAACACAUUCAUUCUACUCAGACAACAACAAAUCUACUAUUUCAGCGUUUAACCCUCAGCUGCCGUGAGGACCAGAGCCUGCUCGCCAUGUCCAGCGCUCCGGCGGUGAGGGUCAGCAUCGAGUCCUCCUGCGAGAAGCAGGUGCAGGAGGUGGCUCUGGACGGGACGGAAACCUACGUCCCCCCUCUGUCCAUGUCCCAGAACCUGGCCAAGUUAGCUCAGAGGAUCGACUUCAGUCAAGGAUCCGACUCUGAAGAGGACGGACCGGACGGCGAGUCCAGGGACCAGGACCGGGACCGGGACCGGGAGUGGGGCAAGCAGGAGGUCGAAGAGGAGGAAGGCACGGUGAAGUUCCAGCCCUCCCUGUGGCCCUGGGACUCGGUGAGGAACAACCUGCGCAGCGCCCUGACGGAGAUGUGUGUCCUGUACGACGUUCUCAGCGUGGUGAAGGAGAAGAAGUACAUGGCUCUAGACCCGGUGUCUCAGGACCCCUCGGCCGCCAAGGCGCCGCAGGUGUUCCAGCUGAUCAGCAAGAAGAAGUCCCUGGCCACCGCCGCUCAGCUGCUCCUCAAAGGAGCCGAGAAACUCAGCAAGUCUGUGGCGGAGAACCAGGAGAACCGCAGGCAGCGGGACUUCAACUCGGAGCUGCUGCGCCUUCGCUCCCAGUGGAAGCUCCGCAAAGUGGGCGACAAGAUCCUGGGAGACCUGAGCUACCGGAGCGCAGGUUCUCUCUUUCCUCAUCACGGAACCUUCGAGGUGAUCAAGAACACCGACAUCGAUCUGGACAAGAAGAUCCCCGAAGACUACUGUCCUCUGGACGUGCAGAUCCCCAGUGACCUGGAGGGCUCGGCCUACAUCAAAGUCUCCAUACAGAAACAGGCUCCAGAUAUCGGUGACCUCGGAACCAUCAACCUGUUCAGGAGAACACAGAAACCCAAAGCUGGCGCCCAGCCGUGGCACGUGAAGCUGGAGGCGGCGCAGAACGUGCUGCUGUGUAAGGAGAUCUUCGCCCAGCUGUCCAGGGAGGCGGUGCAGAUCCGGGCCCAGAUCCCCCACAUCGUGGUCAAGAACCAGAUCAUCUCUCAGCCCUUCCCAGGGCUGCAGCUGUCCAUCUCGCUGUGCCACUCCACCGCAGACAAGAAGAACAGCCGCUCGUCUCCAGAGAGGACCAAGCCGGACGACCACCUGUACGUCCUGGAGCACAACCUGCACCAGAUGAUGAGAGAGUUCCACAAGCAGCAGCUGAGCUCCGUGGUGAUGCCUCGUCCCGCCAGCGCCCCCUUUGGCCACAAGCGCCUGCGCCUGGCCGGACCGCUGGCCUACGACAAGGCGGAGAUCUCGGGCCUGCAGCAGAGCGAGGGGCUGCUGGAGAAGAUCAUCAAGCAGGCCAAGCACAUCUUCCUCCGCAGCAGGACGGCCAAGACCAUCGAUGGCCUGGCCAGUCGCAUCGAGGACCCUCAGAUCCAGGCUCACUGGUCCAACAUCAACGACGUGUUUGAGUCCAGCGUGAAGGUUCUGAUCACCUCGCAGGGCUACGAGCAGAUCUGCAAGUCCAUCCAGCUGCAGCUGAACAUCGGGGUGGAGCAGAUCCGGGUGGUCCACAGAGAUGGACGUGUGGUCAGUCUGUCCCACCAGGAGCAGGAGCUGCAGGACUUCCUCCUGUCUCAGAUGUCGCAGCACCAGGUGCACGCCGUGCAGCAGCUGGCCAAGGUCAUGGGCUGGCACGUCCUGAGCUUCAGCAACCACGUGGGCCUCGGCGCCGUGGAGAGCAUCGGCAACGCCUCCGCCGUCACUGUGGCGUCCCCCAACGGAGAGUACGCCAUCUCCGUGCGUAACGGUCCGGAGAGCGGUUGCAAAGUUCUGGUCCAGUUCCCGCGCAGCCAAACCAAAGAGCUGCCGAAGAGCGACGUCAUCCAGGAGGCCAAGUGGAGCCACCUGAGGGGGCCGUACAAGGAGGUGCAGUGGAGCCGCAUGGAGGGGCGCAACUUCGUCUACAAGAUGGAGCUGCUGAUGGCCGCACUCACUCCCUGUCCUUAGAGCGUCACUUCCUGUUCUCAAAGCUUCACUUCCUGUCCCCAGAGCUUCACUUCCUGUUCUCAAAGCUUCACUUCCUGUCCCCAGAGCUUCACUUCCUGUCCCCAGAGCUUCACUUCCUGUUCUCAAAGCUUCACUUCCUGUCCCCAGAGCUUCACUUCCUGUCCCCAGAGCUUCACUCACCAGGAACUGAACUUGCUUCCUGAGCUCUGCUGUUCAAUCUGACUUCUUUUUAAUUCGUUUUACAUCCAACAGUUUUCUACAAAAUAAAAAGACAUCUGAGAAUGUCUCUGCUG